AUGCCAAACUUCGCUUCGCACGUCCAGCCGCACGGGGGCAACUUCAAGAAUUUGGGCGCCGAGUUCGAUCCUGCGCUUGCCACGUUCUACGCCGCCCAGAAGAUGCCCACAGAGGCAUCCUGGGUAUUGAAAGCGCUGCUCCGGACGGGCCGCUUCUACUCCACCAAGGACAUGGUCCGCCUCUACAAGUGCCACGUGCGUUCUUUCAUCGAAGGCGCUACCAUCGCGAUCUUCCACGCCGCGGACGCGGCCCUGAAGAUGAUUGACGACGUCCAGAGUGAAUCCCUUGACCAUGUGUCUCUGACAGACGAGGAAGCGCUCUGCGACUUCAACUUGGUUCCUCUGAAAAUGAGACCUUGA